AUGUCCCAAACAAAGCAUUGUUUCGCUGGUCAUUCUUCCAAUGAUUUUAUUUAUCGUGAUUACAAAAAUGAGAUUUAUUCAAAUUUAGAAUGUAAUAUGUGUACUAAAGAACAUUAUCUUCAAGAAUUUGGAACAUGGUCUAGUGGGAAUUCUGAUAUUGACAAAGUUAUUCAAGAAUCACAAAGUUCUCUAAUAAAUCGAGAUCAAUUUACAAUGAAUUAUAAUAAUAGUUUACAAUGGAUACCUUAUGAUGAUUUUUAUGAUAUCAGGCACAUAGCAGAUGGUGGAGAUGGAUCUGUAUAUUCGGCCAAAUUAAGAAAAGGCUUAAAAUGGUAUUGGGAUUUAAACAAACAGGAUUGGAAAUAUUGGGUUUAUUAUAGAUUUGCUUUGAAAGAAUUAAAAGAUUCUAGAUAUGAUUUAUCUGAAUUUCUUAAAAAGAUUAUAAUCGUUAAUGAUUCUGAUUACAUUAAUAAAUGUUAUGGAAUUUCAAAAAAUCCUUUUACACAAAAUUACAUUAUUGUUACGGAUAUAUAUGAUUAUAGCUUGCAUCAUUAUUUAAGUUGUUGGGACUUAAGGUGGGAAACAAAAAUUGACUUAUUAUUAUUAAUAUCUUUUGGUUUUGAUAACUUACAUAGAAAGAAUAUAGUUCACGAUAAUAAAAUUAUGCGACAACUUGAAAUUGCUGAUCAAAAUCAAGGAAAAGUAUUCAAAUCACAAUCAGAAUUAUUUCCAUAUCCAAAUAAGUCACACCCACAAUCAUGUUAUAUUAGUAGAUGCAUUUAUACUCUUCAUGGAUUACAUGAUUCAUUGGAUGACAUCAAAUCUGGAAAAUCUUCUGAUCCUAAUUUAUUAAAGUCAAAUGAAAUAAUUACUUAUGAUAUGGAUUCUAAGGAAUCUAAAGAAUGCAUAAAUUUGGAUAAAAUUUAA